CCUCAGGACAUUUCUAGAGAUGACCGAUAUACCGACCGGAGGUGUUCGGACCCUACAUAUGGAGGUAGGGAUUUUCGGCUUUGAUUACGACCAAAUGAUUGGUAAUGAAGACUUCAUGCAAGUUUUUAGUCAUGAAGAAAUCGGCGUCAACGUUGUCAAUACAUAUAUUAGGUUUUUGUAUGACAAAUUGAUGCGCCCCAAUGGUUUGGACGUGUCAUUCGGAUUCUUAGCACCCGCGACCGUCAACUUAGUUUUAAUCUUAAAUAGACCGGAUACCGUGACGGAGUACGUUCUUCGGAUCCUCAUGGACAAUAAAGAUGCGGAGAAGUUGUUUUUUAUACCGUUUAAUACCGGUGGACAUUGGUUGUUGCUCGCAAUCAAUCCUAUCCGAGAAAUUGUGUAUUAUCUUGACUCGUUAGGAAAUGAUUGGACAACAUACCCGGAUAUGAAGGUCCUAAUUGACACCGUCCUACAAGCUUUUCGGGCCCAACGAGUUAUCCAAACCUCAAGGAGGGAAUGUAGUGCAAUUUGUAGAAUUAAGUUUCGUCAAGAUUUGAGAGAGAAAUCUCGUUUUGAACUUUUGAUGUCAAAUCUUUUUGUGCUCGAUUCGUCCAACACAGUAGGAUUUAGACAAUUUCGUUUGCAUAUUGUUAAUCUACGUUGGAAGACGAAGACAACGGUAUAA